UACUGUUAGCCUGACAUCCAUCAGUUCUGAAAGCGAAGCAGUUGCGAAGACAUCAAUGGGUUGGACUGAUAGAAUAAGGUACCCGGCGGCUGUGAUCGCAGUUUCAGUGGGCGUGGUCGUUCUCUUGAUCAUAGCUUCCGGUCUCUGUUAUUGGCAGGUGAAAAAAGGCCGAGCGAGCUCGUCCGCAACGAUGAAAAGCCGACACAACAUCGGUUCACUUCAAGCGAAGUACGUAGUCCAGUCAAAUGAGUACGUAAUAGUGCCAGACCUAAAAGGACUUGGGAAUGAUUUUGGCACUAACUGAUUGUAGAUAAAAAGCCACAUAAAAGAGAAACUCAAAAGUAAAGUUAAAAGAGAAAAAAGACCGAGUGGGAAAAAAAUAACAGCAUGACAUCUAAAAUUGCCCGACAUGAAGAGCAAUUAUCACUUUGUUACAUCUAUUUGGAAAUCGCAAAAUACAGUCGCUCAAUUAUAGAUUAUUUCAGUUUCUACAAAUAUUUUAUUGAUUCAGUGAUGAGCUGGUUUGGAAAAAGUUGUAAAAGCUGUCUUUCAUUUUCCUUGCGAUUUGAUGGAUUUCUUUAAAUAAGCCUUGAAUGGUUGAUGUGUUUUAAUAAAGUUGUCUCAUUGACUUGGAAAGAGAUGCGAUUUAGAACAUAAAGUGGUACGAUUCGUGGAUAAAUCGCACGAUGAGAGCCUGUCAGAUUGCAAGGAUCACAACGGAUUUCAAAAUGGAUGUAAUAAACAUAGUAAAUUAACCAUGAGCAGAAUUUCAGUUUAGCAGAAUAAAUGAAUAAAACUGCAUACCCUCAAAGAAACACAAAAGGGUUUGUCAGGCUUUGUUCAAAUUCAAUUCUUCAGUUCAGUUUCGAUUAGUUUUUUUCUAUAACCGUGGAAGGGAAAGGAUCAACGUUUUAGUUGUUAGAACCAGUUUCCUUGCCAAAGGGACCGCUCUUUUUUUGCAGCAUGUUUGGUCUCGUCACGCAACGAUGGACGGCUUCAAGGAGAUGUUAGUAGGAAACGGUGCUCACACCUUAAGUGUUUUUUCUUUGACUUAUUUCCUCGUGCGUUUCAAUUUCAUUCAUAGUUAAAAUGUUAUUUUUGAUUGAUUUUGGUUGAAAUAAAGUACCUUGUGGGUUUGAAACAAGAAACGUCAUGAUGUGAAUCGUUAA